AUGGAUAGUGACGAGCUCCCGUUAAUUAACCCUAUAAUGUCUAAUGGAGGUGUACGAGAAAUGGAACCUGUGAGAUAUUCCUCAUCAAGAUAUAGUAGUUUAAGCUCUAAGAAAAAUGUUGAUGUAAGCGCUCCUCAUUUACAAGUACGGUUUGCUAUCCCAGAUAAAAGUCAACAGCCUCAUUCAGCAAGUUAUCUGGAAUCACCUUCGAAAAUUGUUUAUCCAAAUACUUUAGAUGAUACUAUAGGUAAGGGUGAUGAUGAUGACGAUGCUGCUGACUCACAUAUACUAAACCAGUUCAAACUGGUCGACAUGUCUUCAAAAAUUAUGGUGGAAGUGCCAGAAGAUGUAUGGAGAUUCCAUACAUCCCGAAGAACGAAAGAACUGCGACUCGACAAUAAAGAAAAUUGGACGCGAAAAACUACUAGAAAUUCAUACUGUGGUCAAGAAACAAAAAUUGAUCACCAACGAACGCAACAGAGGGGCCAUCAAAAAUCUAAAUCUGUACAGGAAAUCAUAGUAGAUACAAUGGCGGCAUAUAAUAAAAAAUGUGAUCCCACAGCUGCGUUGCCGACUGCAAAAUUCACAUCCAACGUGUCAUCAAUGCCGUUGUCAAAGUCACCAAGAGCAAAUAUAUACCUAACAUCGGAGUCUUCAAUAAAUAAAUAUAAUGUAUCAAUCCCAUUAGAGAUUUCCGUACCACCUUAUUUAUCUCCUCGAAAUAAAAACAAAAUACCAAAAUGUCUGGUAUAUGAUGGACAAGGUUAUAGUGAAUUCCAUACAAAUAAUGAUUCCCCAAUAGAAAACGGCGUUGAAAAUCUCUCUGAAUCAAAUGAAUCUUUAAUAACAUUAGAGUCCGAUUCAAUCCCCUUUGCAACACAUACAAUCUCUUUCGAAGAGAUUGAUAAGACUUCAAUAAAUACAGAUAAAAUAUUAGGCAUCGACAAAGAUGCCAAUGUCAGCUUGAGAGAACAGAAUAGAAACUUGAGGAAAUUGAAUAAACUUAAAAAUCAACCGCUUCCCUCGUUACCAUCUCUGCCACAUAUACCGACAAUUGAAACUGGAGCAUAUGAAGAGACCCAUCAAGCAAUGCAACUGCAUCACUCACCUUCUCCAAUCAAUAAUUCUUCGUUUCGUAAUGAGAAGAUGAAACAGGAACAAAUACCAACUGUUGACACUUCAGCAACUGAUGCUUUGAAAGUUCUAGCAACACCGACAAAACUAAUAACAAUCCCUGACUUAAAUGAUGAAGAAUACCAAACUCCUAAAAGUAGACACUCCAUGGGAUCAUUAACGUUUUUCGAGGAUUUUCAACCUUUUGAUGAGCUAAGUAAUCAAUAUAGUCCAAUGGAACAUGAUUUAAAUCCAAUUUUUAAAUUUCCCGCUUCAAACGAUGAUGAACAACAACAACAGCAUGGUAUACUUAAGAAAAGGAUGUCAGCUGAAAAUCACGACUUAAAAAUUAAUCAGAAUAUGAAAGCUUCAAAUCCUCAAUCCGAAAAAAGAAGACAAAAACUAGUUGGUCAAAACGUAUCACCAAUGAACUCAACAAGAAUACAUAGGCACAAAAGAAGCAAAAGCGUCAUCGAUGCUGUUAUUGCUCAAGAAGAUGUUACAACAUCGCAAGAAUAUCUACCAACAGAAGCGAUCUCUAUCGCACCUAAAGUCACACCACGUUCUCCUUUACCUCCAAUCCCAAUACAAGCAGCUUCUGCACCUAUUGCUUCCAACUCUGUUACUAUGAAUCAACUUUACAGAGAUGAGCAGCAAGAGAAAGAUUCGAUAAAUCCUGUAUUGGAGUCAUCACCCGUUGAAAAACAGCUCGCAGCUGAUAAGACAUAUGGAAACACGUUUCAAGAAGAUUCAUUUGAAUCACCAUAUUUCACUUCUCUUAAUGAAACUACCUUAUCGUACGAAAACAACUCUCGUAACAUUAAGGACACAAACAAUACUAAUAACAAAACGAGAUCAAUAGAAGAUACAGAAGCAAGUGUCAUAUUUUUAUAUGAACAGAAAGUUCCUCAAUUAGAAACUGAAUCGCACUCGACAAAUCUGCAAGAUAUAUCGAAAGUAACGUCUACUGAAACGAAGAGUAUUCCUGGUGUCUCCGACUUUAGGCCAUUAUCAUCCUUCCAGUCCUUUUCUAAACCGCUGUCAAACAUUCCAUACCAAUACGAAAAUCAACCGUUGGGAAUUUCAAACAAUAAUAUUAAUAAUAAUAUUCAUUUAGUCUCCAAUAACACGGAUUUCUUAUCACCAAGACGUCAAUUAUCUAAUGUAAGAAGUCAAUCCUCAUCUGGAAACUCUCAAUUCUCUACCAAUUCGUACCAAACAUCAAAAACUUCAGAACCAUCAAUUACAGCUCCCUUAUCAUUACCAAUGCAUACUAUCUAUGAUAAAUCCAAGUGCAUCCCAUCUGGAGGAUCCAUUUCAUCUUCUGAAAACAACCACCAGCCAUUAAAGAAUCUCCAAAACAACAUAGUCAGGAAUUCCAAAACAAAAACCGUCUUGGAACAGAAAAAUGGGAAAAUUGUAGAAGUUAUAGUUCUUGAUACAGAAGAAAUUGAAAAUGAAAUCGAAGAUGCUAAUCAACUUGAAGAAUCAAAUCGUAAAAGCAUAACAUCUCAAAUAAGUAAUAUUUCUACUACAUCAUCAAGACAAGAUGCUAUGAAACAUUACUCUGAGAUUUUGAAAAUGUGUGAGAAUACCGCAAUUGAAGCCAAAAAUAUUAUCUAUCAACUUUUCGAAGAGGAAAAACAUAAGGAAAUAAUAAAAUCUCAUCAUUACUCGUACCCUACAAUGGAUGAUUCUACACCUAAUACUAUUCAAAAUAUGGUUAUGAAAACCUCUACGAUGAAAAACAAAAAAACCGUAGGCCAAUAUCGGAAAUUGAACAACGGCAACGAUAUUUACAAAAUUUAA